UGAUGUCGAGAGAUUAAACCACAUUCUUAUCAGUGUCGCCGAUGAUUACUUCUUGUCGCAAAUGAGGACAUCUCACACUGAGUUUUAGAUUCUUCCGGUACCAUUACAUUUGUUAGAGUGAAUUGACAAAUAAUAUUCUGUAAAAAUGGGACAAAAUACAGAAAGCAACUAUGGUAAUAAUGACAAGCGGAUUGAAAGUAAUGUACAGCACAAACAUAAUGAAAGGUCUUUAGAGCCUGAGCAACAGCAUUCUCUUUUACCAAAGGCAAGUGGCAGUACAGCGAAACAAGUUAGAGAGUAUAUCCCCAGAUCUGGGAUGAAGAAGUACAAUAAUGCUUUGAGCAAUUUGAUACCAAUACGGUACCAGAACCAGAAGAAAGAAAAUUCAGCGGAUAAUGCUGGAUUAUUUUCUUAUGUAUAUAUAACAUGGAUGACGCCGUACUUAUGGAAAGCAUACAAGAAAGGUCUUACGGUAAAGGACUUACCAGACAUAUCGGUAUAUGAUAGCUGCGAGUACAAUGCACUCAGACUCGAUGUACUUUGGCAACAAGAGCUAAGUCAAAAUGGUCCGAAUGCAGCAUCUUUUUCUACAGUUGCAUGGAAAUUUGUACGCACACGAGUUUGUAUGUCAUGUUUUUUAUUGACAUGUUCUCUUAUUUUUGGAUUUCUAAGUCCGACGAUAUUAAUGAGGAAAAUAUUGGAACACAUAGAGUCUCCGGAAGAGGAUUUUUGGGAUGGUAUCAAAUGGGUUUUUCUACUGACAAUAUGCGAUUCUUUGCGAGCUUUCUUCUUUACCUGGACAUGGAACAUGAACUACAAGACUGGAUUACGAUUGAAGUCGGCUUGUACAGCUCUGUUGUAUAAGAAAAUUAUAAGAUUAAAUAGUCUUGGCAAUAAAAGUACAGGAGAAAUAAUCAAUUUAUUUUGCAACGACAGUCAAAGACUUUUUGAUGUGAUUAUUUAUGGACCAAUGAUUAUCAGCGGGCCGAUAGUUAUAAGUUGUGGUAUAAUUUACAUAUUGUGGCUAUUCAAUCCCAUUGCUCUAGUAGGAAUGAUAGCUUUUCUCUCGUUUUAUCCGUGUCAGUACUUCAUCUCUCGUGCGACUGGCUAUUUUCGCUCGAAAUCGGUAAACGUUACAGAUACUCGAGUACGACUCAUGAGUGAGAUUCUCGAAUGCAUAAAGUUGAUUAAGAUGUAUGCCUGGGAGAAAUAUUUUGGCCAAAAACUUCUCGCAAUACGCAAGAAAGAAGAAAGUUGGCUUCAUAAGACUGCGUACUUUCAAAGCCUUAGUAUUUCUUUGACGCCUGCUAUACCUGUGAUAUCCGCGAUCAUCACGUUUUUAGCACAUAUUGCUUCGGGCAGUGGAUUAACAGCUGCACAGGCUUUUCCAAUGACCACAUUAUUUGGAAAUUUGCUUAGACUGGCACUCACGUCACUUAAGGAUACCACACGAUAUUUUAUCAGCGCCCUCAUAGCUCUUAGAAGAUUCAAGGUGUUUCCCUUCGUAUCGGUGCUCAAUGCUCAAAUUCGUACUUCUUUCAUGUUUUUACAAGUGGCCUUACUUAAUAUCGCCGCAGUAAAAAUAACUUUUGGCAGAAUAAAGAGUGUAUUACUAUUGGAUGAAAGCAGUUGCCAGGCAUCAAAACCGAUUGUGAGAUCGCAAGCAGUUGCCAUUGCUAAUGGUACCUUCGUUUGCGACAGUAUGACACUUCAAACAGAUGCAUCGAUCGACAGCAAGAAAAAGAAGAAAUCACUACCAAUCACAGACAAUCCGCCGGAACUGGAAAAUUUGAAUCAAUCGACGCAAGAAGCUAAAUACGUCGAAGUUCUUAUUGACGUGCAUUUCGGAGCACCUAAAGGAAAAUUGGUCGGUAUUUGUGGUCACGUAGGCAGUGGCAAGUCCAGUCUGCUUCUAGCAGCUUUAGGACAAUUGAGAAUAACAAAAGGACACAUCUUAAGGGAGGGCACUUGCGCUUAUGUCAGCCAACAGGCAUGGAUUGUGAAUGGAACCUUUAAGGAGAAUAUUUUGUUCGGCGAGGAGUUUGAUGCCAAACGUUAUUAUCACACGAUCACAAUUUGCAAUCUGAAGGAAGAUUUAAAUAUGUUACCAGGAGGAGAUGACACUGAGAUCGGUGAGAGGGGUGUCAAUCUGUCUGGAGGACAAAAGCAGAGAGUUGCACUCGCGCGAGCAUAUUAUGCCAAUCGGGAUAUUUAUUUUCUUGAUGAUCCUUUGAGCGCAGUUGAUGCAUACGUUGGUUCAUAUAUAUUCGAGAAAUUGAUCCUUGAAGCUCUUAGAAACAAAUCUGUUCUUUUUGUGACACAUAACAUUCAGUUUCUAAAACACUGUGAUGAAAUCUACAUGAUGAAUGCGGGCAAGAUUGUAGAGCAUGGAACCCAUGAAGAUCUCGUGCGACUCGAUAGGGAAUACGCAUCAAUGGUGAAGAACAACACAAUUGCAACGGAAGAUAAUUUGUCAGCUGUUAAAUCUACGAAAGUAACACAAAGAAAUACCAAUGAUUUAGAAGUGCAAAAGAAAUCUGUGCACAAAGAAAAUUAUGGAAAAGAGAAAUUAUACAAAGGAACUUUAACAAUGGCAGAAAAGUCUGAAACUGGAUCCGUCAAGUCAUACACUUAUCACACAUAUGUACAAGCUACAGGUGGUUAUUUGAUCGCUAUUCUCGUAUUUUUUACGUUUUUCUUGAACGUAGGUAGUUCGGCCUUCAGUACUUGGUGGCUUGCUGUAUGGAUUAAAGCUGGUGGAGGCAACGUGACUAUACCAGGAACUAAUGAUACUGUAUACUCAGAGGAUAUCAACGCUAAUCCUGACUUUCCAUUUUAUCGAGACAUAUACGGUGCUUGCAUCAUUGGCAUAUUAUUGACAAGUUUUCUUCGUGGCUUAGUAAUUAUGUUUGCCACGAUAAAAGCUUCGACCACAUUGCACAACACGUUUCUUCACAAAAUUAUUAGUUCUCCGUUAAGCUUCUUCGAAACUACUCCAAGUGGUAGAAUACAGAACGUUUUCAGUCGAGACAUAGAUGAAAUUGAUAAUUACUUACCCAUAUCGAUAGAAAACAUGGUGCAAAAUAUUUUUACUUGCAGUUUUGCUAUUUUCUUUAUUUGUGGCAUACUGCCCUGGUUUUCGAUACCGCUACUUCUAUUUGGUAUACUAUUCUUCUUCGUUGGCAAAUUGUUUAGGAUAGGAAUGAGGGAUUUGAAGAGAAUGGAGAGUGUCUCGCGGUCUCCUGUUUUAAGUUUCGUUACAACGACGAUCCAAGGUUUAAGUACAAUUCACGCAUUUCAAAAGGAGAAGAAUUUUUUAUACAGAUUUGAAGAAUUAUUUAACACGAAUAAUGUAUGUCAGUAUCUGUGUCAAGCCGCGAUGAGAUGGUCUGCGAUUAGACUGGAUAGUUUGGUAAUCGCUGCAUCCUGUAUAAUCGCGUUAUUUGUGAUUUCAUUUAAGAAUGAAAUAUCGCCGGCCUUUGCCGGUCUGGCUAUGGCGUAUGCCACACAGAUGACUGGUGUUUUCCAGUAUACGGUUAGACUAAUGUCUGAGACGGAGGUGCGCUUUAUAAGCGUAGAGAGAAUUAGUUAUUACCUCAAGACUUUGCAGAAAGAAGGUGCAAAUAGAACAGUUGCUCUUAAACCAGCCGAUGAUUGGCCUUCUCGUGGCAAAAUAGAGUUCAAAGCUGUUCAGAUGAGAUACAGAGAGGAGUUGCCGCUUAUACUGCUCGACGUCUCGUUUACCAUAAAGGCCGGAGAAAAAAUUGGCAUCGUGGGUCGCACAGGAUCCGGUAAAAGCUCCUUGGUCGUAGCUUUAUUCCGAUUAGUUGAAAUUUGCGAGGGUGUCAUUAAGAUCGAUGGUAUAGAUAUUUCGAAAUUAGAAUUAGAUAUACUGAGAAAUAAAUUGUCAAUUAUUCCUCAAGAUCCAAUUUUAUUCAGCGGCACUAUAAGAUCUAAUUUGGAUCCUUUCCAACAUCACGCCGAUCAUGAUAUUUGGAAUGUUCUUGAAAAGACUCAGAUGAAAGAAAAGGUGUCUCUAAUGCCGGGAAAUCUCGAUGCGUCUGUUGGAUUUGGCGGAAAUAAUUUGAGCGUUGGCGAGAGACAACUUCUUUGUCUGGCAAGAGCUUUAUUACAUAGUACAAAAAUACUGAUUCUGGAUGAAGCCACGGCCGCCGUUGAUCCGGAAACUGAAGCAACAGUGCAGAACACGCUGCAGAACGAGUUCGCGGAUUGCACUGUACUUACGAUCGCUCAUAGAUUACAAACUGUUGUUGCAUGUAAUCGCAUUCUUGUCAUGAAUGAGGGCAAGAUUGUUGAAUUCGGUGCACCUGCCACACUUCUCUCUCAUCCAGAUUCCGAAUUUUCGAAACUGAUGGCUGCUGCAGAUGAAAAUGCAUAAAAUAAUCCUCGCAGAGAUCUGAAUCAUAAUUGCAAUGCAUUUAAUCACAUUUUAUCAGUUUAAAUGAUGAAACUAAUUACAUUAACUUUUAGCUUCACGUGAGUAAAUGAAAGAACAAAAAAAGAAAGAUAUAUUUAUAUAUUAUAAAAAUACAGAAUAAGAAUAAAUAAAGAA